AUGUCGUCGAAAAGGCCAUCUUUUGACGCACUCCCGCUCCGCAAAGAUGGUCCUCCGGGAAAUGCCUGGGGCCUCUACGGCGACUCCGACGAGUGCGGUACCCUCAACCUUUUGACCCCCGAACUGGUCGUGCGUGCGGCCGGUGAGAUCAAGGGCGGGGUGCGGGUGUCGACGGAUUUGCCACUGGACUUUAUGAAAACUCCCAGCUUCGGCCGCGCUCCGUUCCGGCAGACAAUAAAGAACAAGGCGCCACGUACCGUGAACGACGAUACCUUGUGCUUCAACACGCAGGCGAGCACGCAGUGGGAUGGUUUCCGGCACUACGGGUACCAGGAUGCGAAGCUAUAUUAUAAUGGGCGAACACCCGACGACAUUACUGGCACUAAAAUAAACGGAAUCAGCGUCUGGGUGGAAAAUGGCGGUAUCACUGGACGUGGUGUGCUUCUUGACUAUGCCUCCUGGGCAGAUGACAAGGGUAUCUCAGUUUCCCCUCUCGAAACGGUGUCUCUCACAGCUUCCACCCUAGAAGAAGUGGCCGCUAGCCAAGCCACGGAGCUAAAGCCGGGAGACAUCCUCCUAGUCCGCACGGGCUGGCUCCGCGCCCUCAGACAACUCUCGGACGAGCAACGUGCCUCCAUAGCCAGCCUUCCCAACCCGCCCGCUAUCGGAUUAGAGUCGUCCGAAGAGAUGCUUCGUUGGUUAUGGAGCAGGAGCUUCUCCGCGGCCGCCGGCGACCAGCCGAGCUUCGAGGCAUGGCCCUGCCAGGACCGAAAGUUCCAUUUGCACGAAUGGCUCCUUGCCGGGUGGGGGAUGCCGCUUGGGGAGCUGUUCGACCUGGAAGCCCUCAGCGUUGAGUGCCGAAGACAGCAGCGGUGGUCAUUCUUCUUUAGCAGCGUGCCACUCAAGGUUCCGGGUGGCGUAGCCAGUCCACCAAAUGGUGUCGCAAUUCUUUGA